GCAACUGAAUAUUAGGUUUUCUAUGGACUGGUAACAGACAUUGCAUGGAUUACCGGAAAGUCUGAAACACGUGCAUUUAGCCGAUACUCGCCAUCAUCAGGUUGGGCACAACGGCGCAAAUGGAUAUGUAGUGAUUGGUGAUACAGAAAUACUUGUACAACAAUGGGGAUAGAGGAGGGAUAUGUAAGAAGGUACAAAAAAGGGGACGCUAUCCCAGAUGGGGCAAUCUUCUUGGAGAAAGAUGAAAUUUCCAAAAUCCAGAAGAAAAGGCUGGAAUUACUAAAGAAGGAAAAAAAAAGUUCUGUGCUACCGUUAAUCUACGCCCCAGCUGUAAUGGCCACCGCAACCUCAACUGGUGGCUUAUACUUUGCUCAUCACUUUAGACAAGUAUUCAAACUAGGUACUUCAGGAAAAGCGGGUUUAGGAUUAUUUUUUACCAGUUUGGUGCUACCAAGUGGCCUGAUAUUUGGACUUUACUCAAAAAUGAUUGUACCAUCUGUGAUUAAGGGAGAGGUGGAUUGCCGAAUUUGUUUCGAAACAAAACUUGGACUUCUUCAGCUAGUCCUGGGUGUUGCAUACCCUAUAUCCCUCAGCUGGUUGUUUUCUGCAAUGGAAGCCCGGGCACUAUUCACCUAUCCUGUCCCGUAUUAUGGAUCAAAAAGACCAGAAUUCAUGACCUUUUUUCGAGAAACAGUACCAAAGGCAACCCCAAUGAGUAUGGUUGUGAUAGGGAGUAUGUCAAUAGCUAUGGCGGUAGGAAGUCAAAUGCAAUCUUGUUAUGAAGAAACAUUUCUAAAUGAAUGUGAUUCAAUGCUUGUACAAAAGCGAGAUUUUUAUGGGAGGAGUGAUCAAUAAACUGUUUUAUGCAAUUCUUGAUAUAGACAGACUAGUAUGUAUUUGUGUGAAUAAAUUAUGUUUGUGACAUUGA